UCCCGCCGCCACCGCCGCCGCCGCCGUCGCAGCCGCCGCCAUGUCGGGCUCCCCGGUGAAGCGUCAGCGCGUGGAGUCCGCGCUGGAGCAGCUCAAGCAGUUCACUACCGUGGUGGCCGACACGGGCGACUUCCACGCCAUCGAGGAGUAUAAGCCUCAGGAUGCCACCACCAACCCCUCGCUGAUCCUGGCCGCAGCACAGAUGCCCGCCUACCAGGAGCUGGUGCAGGAGGCCGUGGCCUAUGGCAAGAAGCUGGGCGGUUCACAAGAGCAGCAGCUGAGAAAUGCCAUGGACAAGCUCUUUGUGCUGUUCGGCGUUGAGAUCCUGAAGAAGAUUCCAGGCCGAGUGUCCACAGAAGUAGACGCAAGGCUCUCCUUUGACAAGGCUGCCAUGGUGGCCCGGGCCAGGCGCCUCAUCGAGCUCUACAAGGAAGCUGGAGUCAGCAAGGAGCGGAUUCUCAUCAAGCUGUCCUCCACCUGGGAGGGCAUCCAGGCGGGAAAGGAGCUGGAAGAGCAGCACGGCAUCCACUGCAACAUGACACUGCUCUUCUCCUUCGCUCAGGCAGUGGCCUGUGCCGAGGCGGGCGUCACGCUCAUCUCGCCGUUUGUGGGCCGCAUCCUUGACUGGCAUGUGGCCAACACAGACAAGAAGUCCUAUGAGCCCCUGGAGGACCCUGGGGUGCAGAGCGUCACCAGGAUCUACAACUACUACAAGAAGUUUGGCUACAAGACCAUCGUCAUGGGCGCCUCCUUCCGCAACACGGGCGAGGUCAAGGCGUUAGCCGGCUGCGACUUCCUGACCAUCGCACCCAAGCUCCUGGCCGAGCUGCUCAAGGACACCACCAAGCUGACACCCAUGCUCUCAGCCAAGCCCAGGCCAGUGACCUGGAGAAGCUGCACCUGGACGAGGCCGCCUUCCGCUGGCUGCACAACGAGGACCAGAUGGCCGUGGAGAAGCUCUCUGACGGGAUCCGCAAGUUCGCUGCUGAUGCCGUCAAGCUGGAGCGGAUGCUGGCGGAACUCAUGUUCGGCACCGAGAAUGGCAAGUGAGGCGCCCGAGGCGUGCCCUGAGGGUCCCUGGACGGCCCAGAACGAGGCACGCAUUUCUUUGCAGGUGGAGCGGGGUGGAUCAUGGGUUUCUGAUUUUAUGUAAAUUUUGCCUUGUGCAGUAAAGCAGUCACUUCUC